AAACAGAUAGUGAUGUGCUACUGAGCUCGCUGGUGAGAGUGCAUUUUGAUACUUGCAGUGGAGAGCAGUGAGAGCAUCUGGGAUUGUGUUCAAAGCAUCCUUCAUAAGCUAAUGGAUGCUUGAAAAAAACUUUUUCUUUCUGUUGCAUUUGCAGACCGGGACCAUUAACAUUUCGGCGAUGAGCCAACCAGUCGGUUUUUGACAGCUGAAAGACUGACGGCUCCAAGCACGUGUAGUCAAGUUUGUACGUAAUGCUAUGCAAGUUGUUUUGACAGGCUAUACACACGCACGCAUUUUAUGCUGACCAUCUUUUGAUUUACGUACCUUCGACACAGUGAUUAUUUUGCAGUUAUGAUCCUAUGGCAUUAUCGUCGCUAAUGUUCAGACGCAGGUCUAUGGAAAAGAAUUGGUGUGCACCAGACACUCCCGAUGACGAGGAAAGUGAGGAAUUUAGCAAGGGCACUCAAGAUUUGUUUGAAUUAUUAGAGCGAUUACAAAACAGUCGCUUGGAUGACCAAAGAUGCGUCUUACCUUCAUCAUUGCAGCUCCCAUCUUCCGUUUUACUCACAGACUGUGAUCAUCAUACUUCACGCUAUGAACAGCCGGCGCCUUCAGAGGUGCCGAGGAGUGACAGUGAACUUUUGCGAAAGAUUCUUAAAGAGGCUGGGCCCUAUCCUAUGGUACUUUUGCCACCUUCUGGAGGUUAUCGUAUUGACAGAUGUGAAGAAAAAGAGACCAGAGGAUCUAAUACCCACCUGUUUGGGGAAUCCAACCUCACACCAGGUGAAUCAAGUUUGCUUGAAAUUGAUCCCAACGCCACAUUGUACAGACAGCAUUUUUACAAUAAGGAACAUUUCAAUUUUAUUAUGAAUGAUGCUAAUAUUGGACCUAUUGUGAUGUCUGUGAAAUAUGAAAAUGUGAACUGUAAAGAGCAUCUACGGACAAUUUUAAGAAGAAAACAUAACAUAGUAAGGGAUAUAAUACCUCUUGCCUAUGAAAAUGAGCCAUUGCAGGCACUUAGAAUAGCCAAAACAAUGUGUGAUGACAUUACAACAGACAAAUUUUUUGCUGUUUUAUUUCCAAAGGCACCCGAAUUAAUCAUGGCUUUCGAUGAACAUGUUCUGGUGAAUAAAAUGAAAUUUGGUAUCAUUUAUCAGAAACGUGGGCAGACAACGGAAGAAGAAAUGUUUGGAAAUGAAAGUCAUAGCCCUGCGAUGGAAGAAUUUCUACAACUGUUAGGAAAUAAAGUGGAACUGAAAGGUUUUAAUGGUUUCCGUGGUGGGUUGGAUACCCAGGAUGGUUUGACUGGUGACAAUUCUUUAUAUACACAGUUCGAGGGAGUUGAGAUUAUGUUUCAUGUGUCAACACUUUUACCUUAUUCACAAACAGAUUCACAGCAGCUUCAAAGAAAAAGGCACAUUGGGAAUGAUGUUGUUGCUAUAAUUUUUCAAGAUGAAAACACGCCUUUCAUGCCAACUAUGAUAGCAUCCCAUUUUCUACAUACAUUUGUAGUCGUUCAAGCUAUUGAACCUUUGACUCCUCAUACAAGAUAUAGAGUUUCCGUAACUUGUAGAGAAGAUGUGCCAUUUUUUGGACCUCCAUUACCGAAUCCUCCUAUUCUGAAAAAAUCUUCAGUGUUUCGAACAUUUCUUCUGUCUAAGCUGAUAAAUGCUGAAAUCGCGUCCUUAAAAGCAAAGAAAUUCGCUAGCCUUGAGAGGAGGACCAGGAACUCUUUAUUGCAAGCGCUUCACGACACUUUAUUUGAAAGAACUAUUGACUUUUGUGGAUUUUCUGUACCUUCCAGUAAUAACAAAUCUGAAAUUAUGGGGACAUCUUCAGGGUUUUUUGACUCUGUUCGUAAAGCAUUAAGUGGCCGUAAUCGUAGUCACUCUGUGGAAUCUAAUAUUGCUCAUGCCACUCCAAAACGCUCAUCUUCAAGAGCUAGUAAUAGUAGUUUAACAGGCACUUUGACUGGUGAUACAACACCAUCUACUCUUAGGGCCCAGAGUUCUCAAGUAUUAGAUGGAACCUCAUCGGCCAGUCCAGUAAACUGCCAUAUCAAGUUUGGGAAAAGAACCAGUAGCAAUCCUGAAACCCCGUUGUCCAAUUCAAGCACUCCCCCAUCCUUACAGCCUACAAUGUGUGAAUCUGACUCUUCAAGUAUGAAUAGCUUCGAGUUGGAAAGACCAGCAGAUUCUGGUAUGGAAAGUAUGUCUUCAGCAGACGCACCUCUGACAGCUAGUUUGCAUCCUCCUUAUUCUCAUUUGUUUUAUGAGAAUGACAAAGUUCGAUCUCUGGAAGAUAUGCAUGUGUUGGAUAGUGCGACGGAUGCAGAGCUAGAAAUUUCUAAACUGAAAAUUGAUAAACUGAAUUUACUAAAAGAGAUAUCAGCAUGCCAAAUAGAAAUGAAAAGGCUGAAAGCGAAUGAAAUAAAACUGUCAACUGAGUUGUCAAUCUUAAGGCAAGAUAAUAAGCGUCUAACUGCAACCUUAGCGAGCUAUCAAAAUGGGCAUGAUUCUGUUGUGUGAUAAUUACAUCCCCUACUUCAUCUGAUCCUGUAUAUAAAUAUAUCCUUGUCCUCAUGUGAUACAUACUAAAUGUUAUUUAUGUUUAAAUUGCUAUUAUGUUUUGAAUUGCUAUUUUGCAAGUUUUGUUCAUAGCCAUAUUUGAAACAUUAUUUUCAUAUUUUUCAUUUAACAUAUAAAACUGCUAAAUGAUUUACAAAUUUCCGUGUCUGUUCUAUGUUUAAUGCUUUGCAACAAAAUUAAACUAAAUGUUGCAAUUUUUUUUAUUUACAUCAAAUCAUCCUGAAACAUACAUUUGUAAAUUUUUGUAUAUACAUAACUUAUGAAUCUUGUCAUUGUUGAUAUUUAUGACAUGCAGUCAAAUAUUUAUGUGCAAACUCUCAUUUUGUACUAAAAACAUUCACAAUCAUAAAAAAAAACUUUAAUAUAUGUAUAACAUCAAAUGAAAAUCAUUUUUAUAUCAUGAAUUAUAUCAAAAUUGUUAGAAAUUUUUAUAAUAUUCAUGUUGGUGAAAAAUUUUUCACGUUUUUAAAAUUAUUUAUCUACUGUUAUUGAAAAAGAAUAAUUAUGGUAAAUGAUAAAUUGAAAUGACAUGUUAUUUUUAUAGAAAAAAAUAUUUAUAAAAUGUUCCUUAUUUGUUGCAAAAGCUGUCGGUAGCUACUUAAAAUGAAAUUUCACCAUGCUGAUCGAAUUUCAAAAUUUUACUUUUUUUCUCCACGUCAUUAUUAUGUAUAGCUAAUAUUAGAGAUGGUUAGUUUUAUUCAAAAGGUAUGUGGGAUUUUUCAUGUUUCUGAAAAGAUGUUUAAUCAUUCUUCUAAAGAGAUUAUCAACUAUUAAGCAAAUAUACCAAAGCUGAAUGUAUUUCAAAUAAUUUAUUUUUAAAGUUAUUUAUCUAUAAAUUUUCAUUGCCACUAUUAUGCUAUAUUUAGAUUAGAAGUUUUUAUAUUAUAUUAGCUACAUAUUUGUAUCUAAGGUCUA